CUUCUGCAUACAGCUGUUUGCACCUCGGACACAGCUGUUAGAAGUGUUGAUCACGUGGUGUGUGUGAUCAGUUGACUCUUCCAGGGCGGGGGAGGAAGGGGAGAGAAGAUGGAAGGGAACAGAGACGAAGCAGAGAAUUGUAUAAAAAUAGCGACGAAAGCCCUAGAAGCUGGAGAUAAAGAAAAGGCGGUGAGGUUUCUCAACAAAGCAGAGAAGCUGUACCCAACUGACAAAGCCAAAGCUUUGUUGGAUGCAUUAACAAAGAAUGGGAGCUCGGCGGGUAAUGGCGCAUAUAAAAGGAGACCAGCAAAAAGCUCAGAACGCACCGGUGCCACACCAGAAGGAGAAAGCCAAGAGUCUGGAGGAGGCGACUCUAAAGGCUUCACCAAAGAGCAGGUUGAGGGUGUGCAGAGGAUAAAGCGGUGCAAGGACUACUAUGAAGUGCUCGGUGUCACUAAAGAAGCCAGUGAGGAUGAGCUCAAGAAAGCCUAUAGGAAACUAGCGCUCAAGUUCCAUCCGGACAAAAAUCAUGCAGCUGGAGCAACAGAGGCUUUUAAAAAGAUUGGUAAUGCAUAUGCAGUGCUUAGCAACCCAGACAAAAGGCAGCAGUAUGACCUGACAGGAGGGGAGGAGCUGAGCAGCCCGGGACACUCACGGGGAGGAGGCUUUGACUUCCACAGGGGCUUUGAGGCCGACAUCACUCCCGAGGACCUCUUCAACAUGUUCUUUGGAGGCGGGUUCCCCACCUCAAGUGCACACACCUUCACCAAUGGCAGAACAAGCUACAGCCACCAGGCUGAUUACCGACAAGAGAGAACAGAAGAGAGGGGAGAUGGUGGUUUCUCAAUGUUUAUCCAACUGAUGCCCAUAGUGGUCCUAAUUUUAGUGUCAAUACUGAGCCAGAUGAUGGUGUCCCCUCCACCCUACAGCCUCUACUCUAGACUGUCCACGGGUCAGAUCAUAAAACGGGAGACGGAAAACUUGCACGUUGACUACUAUGUCACUAAGGACUUCAAGUCAGAGUAUAAGGGUGCUGCACUGCAGCAGAUUGAGAAGAAUGUGGAGGAGGACUAUGUAUCUAAUAUCAGAAAUAACUGUUGGAAGGAGAGACAGACAAAAACAGACCUGCUGUAUGCUGCUAAGGUAUACCGGGAUGACCGAAUGCGCAAGAAGGCAGAGCUCAUGACCAUGGAUAACUGCAGGGAGCUGGACAGACUAAAUAGCCUAUUUAGAGGCGGAUGAGUGAUGUUUUUGGAUCAUGUAAAUAAUCAGUAGAUGUGUAUGUUCAUUUUUUUUUUAAGGAAGAGGAUUUAAACUAGGAGCAAAAACUUACAGAAAUAAUUUAGCUCUGUUGUUUCUAAGUUUUAAAAUGUCCCUUUCCUCAAAUCCCUCUGCCGACUUGUUCUCUUCCCCCGCACCAGCCUGACCCCAGGAAUCGGCUUGCUUCAAACCUAAUGAACCAAUCACCAUCUGCUGUAAAAAGCCCCAGAUCAUUUUUUUAAACUCUGCUUUUUUGUUUUCUCCUGGAAACGAGGAGAACACUAGACUAUAAAGGCAUGUGGUGAGAGCUCAAGAGGCAUUUUGCACAAGUGAAUCACUUUAAGAUCAACGAACAGCUUUCGGCAUCAUUUUCCUGACAGAAACAUAAUUUGGGAGAAAGAUUUCUCUGGAGGUGCUACCCUCCAGCCAAAUCCCUUUCAUGAAGAACACAAUGUCUCUUUUAGCUUCCUACUCAGCUUUGGGAUGAAGAUCAGUGGACCAUGAAGAGUUUUUGAUCUGUGAUUUUGCUACUAGAGAACAUUUUUAUGUUAUCCCCUUCAAAAUGUGAAGUUGGUUUGGACUAAACAUGAAGACAUCAAAACUUAUAUAAUGUUGUACAUUAUCAUGUUGGAAGUUUAUGCAGUUAUUUAAAUUAGGUAACUAAUAGAAGAUGCGUUUUUUUUUUUCUUUCUUCAAUGCUCGCCUAAACAUUUAAAUAAAGUAAAAUUAUUACUAUG